AUGUAAUUGUCCACAGAGCAUUUGGGCGUGAUGUUCGAUGACGUGCGUUUUGCACAGGUUUUGAUGAGUGCAGGUCCGAGUAAGGAAAGAAGAGAUGUCAAAGACAGGGUGCUCAUGGGCCAUGGGCUUGGUGACCGACAUGCGUUGCGAAGAGCAGUUUGGGCUCAAGGUGUGGGCGAGAUGUGCAGUGGUUCUGUGAGAUGGCCCUCGAUAUGAGAGCGGUCACCGAUGACUUGGAGCGGCUCGAGGCCGAUCGGAGCAAGACGAAGCUCUCCAACGAGGACCUCGAAAAGGGGCAGACGUCGCACAGCGGCCACAGCGCUUGUUGCGUGGAUGUCUCCCUUGAGACCUGCCACCCGAAGGGUCCCCAGCUAGGGGCUCUGGUGCUGAGCUUCAUUGUUGCUUGUGCCGUCAUUUUGCUCAACAUGCCCAACAUCGCACGUGCCACCGCAGAGGCCGUGCCGCGUCCAUGGAGUGUCAUCUAUGUCAUCUCGUUCUGGAUGAUGCUCUUGGCCUUAUUGGGUAGCUGUUGCUUUGUGGGCUGGCUUGCCAAAGGUGAGGCGGAAGGUCGAAAGUACUGGCCUGCGGGUGGAUGCUGCCUUCUUCUGGUUGUGCUACCAGGAGCAGUUCUUAGCCUUGUGUUCAUCCUUGCAGACACUUGGGACGACUUGAGCCUUCAAGGUGCAGGCACAGCAGAGGCCUACACGAUCGCCUUUCUCCUUCUUAGCUCGAUGGCUGCCAUACUGCCAGCGGUGGUCUUCUGCUUGAUCGCAGUACGUGGGGUCCAACGCCGUCUUGCAGAAACCAGUGAUUCCAAGAUUGCCAUAGGACUCUUUGCUGGGCUAUGCUUAGUGCUUGUAAGCUUUCUGGUGGCCGGAAUUGCCAUAUGCUUCACCUUGCAACCCUUGGGGGUAGGCCUUGCGUGGUUAGCAUGCCUCACCUUGCUUGGCAUCCUUAUCUUCAGCACUGGCUCUUGCCUCAUUGCGUGCCAAACCGCCUCGGUGGCACCAGAGGAACUCCUCGCUCCGGAGCACCAACUGGGCGCCGCGCGCGUCUCGCGCUCCUCCGGAGCACCGCGCGCCUCCGGUGCGCGCGUCGCGCGGUCCUCGGCGCUCUCGGCGCGCUCCUUGGAGCGUUUGAAGGUCAAGAGACCCAGCCGCCGGAAGACUGUUUGAGACAGAGACCCUUCUAGCCGCCCAGGUGUUUUCUUGGGGCAUGCCAUGCUGCCAUCCUGCUAUGCCAUUGUUCCUUCGUUUUUUUCUAGAUGCCGCUUCGGACACCAUGCCAUCGGAUUCAUCCGUGUGAAGUGGCUGUCUGUGACGUCCAGACUCCAAGUUUGAGGGGUUUGUCGGAGCGGUGCCGGAAUCGCCCAAAGAAAGAACUGUU